UACUCCGAUUAACAGCGUACUCCAGCUAUCUUAGCUAAUCUCCUUUUAAUCCGAUGUUCGCAAAGGAAAAAGAGUUCCGUGGCAACAUACACAGUUUUAACUCUGCUGCCACUUUUCACAUCUGUUGAGUUUAAUGCGUCACUCUGUGAUCAAUCACUCAGUUGCUCCCAGCUGUUUUCGUAUCCAUGGUAGCAUAUAUUUUGGUAGACCUUUUGCCAUCAUAUGACGGUGGUUCUCCCAAGCUCGUUCAAUUUUUAUGUCUAGGACGCUGGAAAACGAGCUGUCUUGGAGGACUCAUGCACCACGUCUCCCUUGCUUGGCCACCUAGACUCGAAGAAUACCGAUACCAAAUAUACCUUCAGGGUAAGUUAAUCCUGUAUACUCCUAAUAUGAUUACUUACGCUUUCGUUUUCCUUUCCCAAUAAUCCACUCAUAUUCAUGAUCACUUCCUCUCAUUUUGCCACUGCAAUUUCAUUC